AUGGUGGUUCUCGACGAGAGCCGAGUGGUCCUUCUUGCUUGCAAUCUGGUUGCAGUUGUGCUGAAUCCAUGGGGACAUGCUACUCAAACGAAAGUGAGCACCCGAGCGCAAGGCUAUGUACAUGCCUUCGAUCCCAAUCCGGUGCACGAUGACAUCGCAGCUAGUGGGGCGGGGCCGAAUGGCAGGUGGCGGGGGGGGUUGGAUCCGUGCUCAUCGACACGUAGCUCGUUGCAGUGUGCACGGGGUCAAAACACCAACUUCGAGUGCUCAAGGGGGUGUGCUUACGAAAGCUCCAUCCGCAUCAGCUCCGAACCUUCAAGUGAGGCGAGAAAAGAGCUUCGAGAGAUGGAGGCCAAGAAAGAGGAGGCGGCAGUCGAAAUGUGA